AUGAGUCUAGUAUAAAUAGCAUGGUAAAUAAAAAUGGGGGAUGAAAAGCACAAUGCUGCUCGAAAAGACAAAAACAAAAAAAAAUUAUUUGCUAAAAAACAGUGUACCGCUUCUGAUGUUUAUCCUUAUAAGUGUAACAAAUAUUUUGUGAAAAUCAAGCCCUUUAUAACAGCAGAUUCAAAGCAUAUAGUAUGUAGCAGUGGCAGCAAAGUGUUGAUAUUUCGCCUAAAAACUGGUGUUUUGGAAAAGGUUUUUGACGAACACAAAAAAAAUGUUAUUGCAAUAUUUCCCCAUGAAAAAAAUCCUUUGCAAGUAAUAUCUUGUACUGAGGAUGAGGUUGUUAUGUGGGAUUGCACUGAUUUAACUGUAUACAAGAAGUUCAUCCUUCCCUGUAAAAUCUUUGAUGUAUACAUGCCAACAGCAAAAAGUGGAGUGACGAUUUAUUUUGUUUCAACCGCUAAAAAAGAAAUAAAAAAAAAUAAAACUGUUUUAUUUCGAUAUAAUGUGUUAACUCAAGAAAUGUUGCACGUAUCUGUUAUUAGCAAAGGUUAUAGAAAGUUUGCAGUUAGUAAAUGUGAGAGUUUUAUAGCAAUAAUAUACAGAAAAUAUUUGAAAAUAUACAACUGCAAUAAACAAAGUAUUGUCCAGUAUAAAUAUGAUGCUGUUAGUUUAACAUGUGUGGCCAUACAUCCCUCAUCAGACGUAAUUGCAACGGGAGAUGAAGAUGGAAGAUUAAUCUUAUGGAAUGAUAUAUGUGGAGAGCAGAAAGAACCGAUUUGCUCUAAACUCCACUGGCAUAAUAAUUAUGUAAAUGAUGUGCUUUUUAUGAAUGAUGGUUUUUAUAUAGUAUCUGGUGGAAGUGAAGGUGUGUUAGUUAUAUGGCAGCUUGAAAACCAUAAAAAAAACUAUUUACCUCGAGUUGGUGGAUCAAUACUACACUUAUUUCAAUCUAAUGAUUCACAACAUCUUGGUUUUGCUAUCGAUAGUAAUGUUAUUAAACUGUUAUCAGUUCACGAUACCAAGUUAACAAAAGCUAUAAAAGGAUUCUCUAUUGCUAAUGAUUUUCCUGCCGGAAUAUCUUAUGACUCUAAAACAGAUUGUCUUGUUAUGAAUGGGAAACCUGAUGGAGUUAUUCAAUUUUAUAAUCCACAACAUGAUAUGGUUAAAAUUAAUCUAGAUGUUGUUGGUGAAAACCUGAUAACAUCUGUUGAGGAUCGUCAUAUAUACCCUAGUCGCAUUGAACGAAUAGCAUUAUCGCAAGACAGUUCAUGGUUAGCAACUAUAGUAAUUCGAAAGGAUGUACUUUUACCUACUGAAAGAACAUUAAAGUUAUGGAAAUAUUAUAAUAAUAAAUUUUACUUAAAUUCUGUUGUUGAGCCUGUUCAUUCUGAUGAUGUGUAUGUACUACUAUUUCGUCCACAUAAAUCGAACUACUAUGUCAUUACUUCGAGUAAAGAUGGAAAUAUCAAAUGUUGGCAGUUAGCUGAGGGAAAGAAUAGUCAAGGCAAGCAGAUACAAGCGUGGGAGUUACACUCUAUAGGAACUUAUGGUAAACAAAGUUGUCACCAAGCUUGUUUUUCUGAUGAUGGAUCAUUGUUAGCUGCACUUUUUUCUGAAAUAACAAUAUGGGACCCUGACAACCUUUCAUUGGAAAGCACAAUUAGUUGGAAUUGUGAAUUAGAUCCUAUCAAGUCCCUUAUGUUUUGUCACAAGGAAUCUAAUAAAUAUCUUAUUGGAUGCUCUGACAACACUAUUGUGUCUUGGAAUGUUUCUACAUUAGAAAUUGCUUGGAAAAUGCAGUGUGAAGUAAAGUUGAUAACAUCUGAUCCAUCUUCUAAAUAUUUUGCUGCAUUUAUUUGGUUUAAAAGAAAUAAUAAAAUGCAUUUGUAUCUCUUUGAUCCUUGUGUACCAACACCUGCUGGACUCAUAUGUAAUAUACAACAAGACUUCUCAUCUCUCAAGUCUGCGAUUUUCACCCCACGUUUGGAACACACUGUUGGAAAUACUAUUUGGACUAAAAUUGGAGUCUUAUACUAUCUCAAAGACAAUAGUAUCAUGAGAAUAGUCGAAGCAGAUGAAAUCAAAACAAAUAAUAAAGAAUCUAAUAUUCCGAUUGAAAAUUCAGCUUUUACAGAAAUUUUUGGAGCUGCACAAAAACAAAAUGUGAAUGAUAGCAGUAAUACAUCUAUUCCUACUGGUAACACAGCUUCAAUGAUUAUACAAAAGAUACUAUCAACACCAUCUCACGUUUUACCAUCUACAGAUAUGUUGUGCAAAGUCUUUUUGAAGUCUUUUCUCAUCUCUAAAUCGAGCCAUGCUGAGCUAAAAGAUACAAACAAUGAUAUCGACGAUGAUAAAGAUGAUAUUUGUGAACAAGAUCGCAUAAAUUCGGAAGUAGUCGUAAUUUCCCCAGCCCUCGAAGAUCUUAUUCCGAUUGAUCAUAUUAAAUUACCUUCGUAUGACUUUGCAUUUAUAAAGGAGAUGGCAGAAACUUGAGUACAAAGAGCUACGAUACUGUAUAGACAAUAUUAGUAUUUCAGAGAAAGAAAUAUUUUCAAAACA